AUCAAGGAUAAGGUCUUCUUUCUUCACAUGGUAAUUGGUCAUGAGGUCGAUCGAGAAGUAAGCUUAUUUCUGGGAAAUUAAUGGAGCUGGUUCCGCUCAUUACAUACUAACUUGGAAUUAGUAAGGUACUAAUCACGACUGUGCGGCAUACAAAGUCCAUCACUGCAAUGGAUCCUAAAAUCUAUGAAGCGGCGGCACUAGGAAACCUGGAGGCCUUGGAACAUGAUAUCUCCGAUCCACUUGAUUCGUUUUUAACAGUUAAUCAAAACACAAUCCUACAUAUUUGCAUUUCAAGUAUCCUCGUUGAAGAAAAGUAUCCAGCCACUGGAGGAACUGACCAAGCCUCAGCGGCAAAAUUUGUGAAAGAUGUACUAGACAAGUGUCCGUCACUUUUAUUGAAAGCCAACGCAGACGAUGAUACUCCGUUACAUUUGGCGGCAAGGUAUGGGCAUGCUUCCAUCGUCGAAGUCCUAAUUGAACAUCAAAAAUCCCAACAUCAAGAUCUUGAAAGUGGAGUCGUUGAAGCUAUGAAGGAGAUGAUUGGGAAGCUGAACAAUGAAAGAGAUACGGCCUUACAUGAGGCUGUACGGUACAAUCACAUUGAAGUAGUAAAACAGUUACUAAUGGGUGUAGAUCAAGAAUUUUCGUUCGGUGCUAAUGCUUCUGGUGAGACCCCACUUUACUUGGCUGCCGAGAGUUGCUAUCCGGAUUUGGUGUCAGAAAUUUUAAACAAAUUGAAGUCACCAGCUUAUGAUGGCCCCUUGGGUAUAACGGCUUUGCAUGCUGCAGCAAUACAUAAGCAAGAAGGAAUGACCGAAAGCAUUUUGCAAAGAAAGGGACGCAAACUAGGAAUGACCGAAAACAUUUUGCAAAGAUACGGACGCAAACUAUGUAAACAAGCAGACCAAAAUGGUUGGACUCCGCUUCACAUGGCUGCAUAUAUGGGCAACUUUACGGUAACAAAACUAUUGCUGGCAUUUGAUAGAGAUGUAGCAUAUAUGAAAGACGCAGAGGGUAGGACAGCUCUUCACAUUGCAGCUCUACGCAACAAAAUACGAGUAACGAAAGAGAUUAUAUCAAUGUGUCCGGAUUGUUGCGAAGUGGUUGACAAUAAAGGCUGCAAUGCACUCCAUCUCGCCGUGAGCAACGACUGGAGGUCAAGAGAUGCAGCGGAAAUCUUCCAAGAUAAUUCGUCUCUCCGGAAUCUUUUGAAUCAGAAGGACAACGACGGGAAUACACCUCUCCAUCACUGUUGCACUAAUAAUAUUGAUGAUUACGUCAUGAGUCUCCUGAAAUCUCCAAGAGUUGAGAAAAUGGUCUUCAACAAAAAGAACCAGAAAGCUCUGCAAAUCUUACGAAGUAAAAUCUGCCAACUUAAUUUCAAUGAACGUCUGAAGUGGACAAAGUCUUUAGAAGAUGUAUACGAUUUUCGGUCCUCUGUCAAUGUACGAGAAUUGAAAGUCGGGUAUUUAGACAUUAAUAUGAACCUGACGGCGGAGGAGUCGAAGUUGAGGCGGGAGAACCAGAAGCAGAAGAGGAAGAAAGAGAUAGAAGUGGAGCAUAAAGCGGCUCAAGCCCAUUUGGUUGUUGCUGCACUCAUUACAACUGUGACCUUCGCAGCAGGCAUUACCAUGCCUGGGGGCUUCAUUGGUGGAGAUGGUCAUCCACAUCAAGGCUCUGCAGUUUUGAGGAAUAGUGUUGCUUUCAAAGCAUUCAUCAUUACAAAUGCCCUAUCGUUGAUGCUAUCUAGUUCUGCUGUCUUUAUCCACUUAUUUAUUCCGCUUAUCGAUUACGAACACUUCUGCAAAGAUCACAGUAAUUUUCUUCAAAUGGCCUUUUGGUUCCUUCUUUCCUCCAUGGCACCAAUGGUUUUGGCAUUUGUCACUGGUACAUAUGCUGUGUUACAGCAUUCAAAUAUUGCCAUUCCCACUUGUAUUAUCUGCUUAUCCUUUGUACCCCUCCUUGCUUAUAUAUUUCGAAAAAUAAGGGGGUAUGUACUAUGACUUAACCACUAUGCAAAGAUGUUUCUGAUCUAAUUAAUAAAAAUAUUAUGAGUACGAAACUUUUUUC